AAAAAAGGACAGGCAGAAUAGUAAAGAGUGCAACAGUACACCCUGACUCGCUGACAGGGAAUGCAGAGAGGUUCUGGCCUCUGGUUGUUACUGCUGGAUGGACAAGCACUGACAAAACAAGAGAAGGGGGAGAGAGACAACACUUUGUGGAGCUUUGAGAGAAGAGAAGAGAACUGCGACUAAGGAGAUUACUCAACUCUGCUUUUGUUCUGGCUUGUUGUUUUUUCUGUGACAUUUGAGCCUCUGACACCACAGACUCUGAGGAGUUGGAGGAGCCUGGAGAAAACAUAAUUUCACCACAGACAGCAGAAGAGGAGGACGUCUUUCAAGAACUCUGUUGCUGCAGAAACCAGAUUUUCUGGGAGUCAAAGGAGUGUAUUGUUUUUCUCAGCGCGCUUCUCAUUUUAAUAUCAAGUGUGGGAUCAUCGUCUACAUAUGGUUAUUUUGAGGGCACAAAGGUUCCUGAGCCAAAAUACUUGUCGAGUUGUCUUUUAUUUUUCCUCUUCAUCACUAUCACCUCUGCUCCUAUAACAGCCUCGACAAGUCAAGAGUGCGUCUGGACUAGAACUGCCUCAGAUCAGCAGAUAACACCUCUGCACGGCAGGAACUGGUUGGACUAGUUUAUAAGUUGGAGGAGAGGGCAGGGCAGUUUAACCCUGCCUGAAGGAGAGCUGUGUUUUAUUUUCCUCCCACUUGUUUGUCCUUUUGGGAGAAAGUCGUGCACCGAGGGAGAGGGGCUGAGCUUCUUCUUUUAUUUGGAGAGCAACUCUUGUUUUGUCCCUCACCACUGUGCUUAGGGAUUUGUGAGGUGUUUUUUUUGUUUUUUUUACCUUCUUCCAGGGGGGAGACAGAGAGAGAAAGUGAGAGGGAGGGCGAAAGAAAGAGGGAGUCAAAGUGUAAUUUAUUGUUUCCUGUGAAAAGAGCAAGGCUGCACCCUUUUCUCCUGCUUGAACUCUGAACCACUAAAUGUGUGUCUGAAGUUUUCUCAGACCUUGGGAGCCAUUGAUCAGAGGUCAGGGCAGAAAACAGAGGGGUGAAAGACAAGAACAGAGACAGCAGAGGGAUUAAAGAAGAGAGAAAAAACAGCACUGGGAGGGACCUCCAGGUCAGUCCAAGCAGACUGCAAAGGGGGUAAAGGUCAACACCGUGGAGCCGUGGAGGACAACUUUUCAUCACAUUUUUGGACGAAGCCUGCCCUGAAUUACAAACCUGGAGCCACUGUCUUUGAGUCUGGAAUCAGUUUUUAGACUCUGAAGGUAGUUGGAAGCUGGGGGACAGGGCGGCGCUGUGUAUGAUCCACUCACUGGACUGCGUGUCUCAGAGAAUAUGGCCAUGGUGAGCGGGGGAUGGGGCAACCCCAACGGGGACACUAAUGGACUGGGGGAGAAGGCUUACCUGAGGAGGGAGGAAGAGGACGGAUCGCCACAGGCCGGCAGCAGCGAUGUGGACGUUGGGGACGAGGACAAGGCCUGUGUGGUGGACUGUGUGGUGUGCGGGGACAAGUCCAGCGGGAAGCACUACGGCGUGUUCACCUGCGAGGGCUGCAAGAGCUUCUUCAAGAGGAGCAUCAGACGAAACCUCAACUACUCCUGCAGAUCAAAUCGUGAAUGCCAAAUCGACCAGCAUCACCGGAACCAGUGCCAAUACUGUCGGCUGAAGAAAUGUUUCCGAGUUGGGAUGCGCAAAGAAGCUGUCCAGCGGGGUCGGAUCCCUCCGUCUCACUCAGGUAUCAGUCCAAACUCCCUGGCUGGUGGAGUUGGAGGUGCAGGGCCAGGUCACAUUGGGGCAGAUUAUUUCAACGGGCAGCCGGUUUCAGAUCUCAUCUCACAGCUCCUCCGGGCCGAGCCGUACCCCAGCAGCCGUUACGGGGCCCCUUACAGCCAGACACAGAUGCAGGCAUCUGCGAGCGGAGGCUCAGUCAUGGGCAUCGACAGCAUCUGUGAGCUGGCUGCCCGGCUCCUCUUCAGCACCAUCGAGUGGGCCAGAAACAUCCCAUACUUCCCAGAACUGCCUGUCUCAGAGCAGGUGGCUCUGCUGAGGCUGAGCUGGAGCGAGCUCUUCAUCCUGAAUGCUGCUCAGUCUGCUCUGCCUCUGCACAUGGCUCCUCUGCUGGCAGCAGCUGGGUUUCACUCGUCCCCUAUGUCUGCUGAGCGCGUGGUGUCCUUCAUGGACCAGGUCAGGGUUUUCCAGGACCAGGUGGACAAGCUGAACAGGCUGCAGGUGGACACAGCCGAGUACAGCUGCCUCAAAGCCAUUGCACUGUUUUCACCUGAUGCAUGUGGUCUGACAGACCCGGCCCAUGUAGAGUCCCUGCAGGAGAAGGCCCAGGUCGCCCUGACAGAGUAUGAAAGGUUGCAGUAUCCCAACCAGCCUCAGCGAUUUGGUCGCUUACUGCUGCGUCUCCCUGCUCUGCGUGCCGUGCCGGCCAACCUUAUCUCCCAGCUCUUCUUCAUGCGGCUUGUGGGCAAGACACCGAUCGAGACGCUGAUCCGAGACAUGCAGCUAUCAGGGAGCUCCAUCAGCUGGCCCUACGCCCCGGGACAGUAAACCCCAGUGACUCCUGAGUGAGACGGACUGAGAUCAGAUUGGGGAAGGAUACAGAGAUCACAAAGAUAACACACAAACUGAAUGUUAUGAAUACAAACUGGGAUCCUAUUUGUGAGUGUGGAGGUCAGUUGUUCCUACUUUAGCCCUGGUAAAGUUUGGUGGUAGUCAAACCAAAGCUGCUUUCAGGGAAACAAAAAUGUACAUUUAUCUUCAUAUAUGUUUGCCGCACUUAGUUUUCUCUGACCUUCAUCUGCUCUCUCUUUGUCUCAUUCUGGACAAAAAACAGGGCUUUAACUGAAAUGCAGACUCUAACAUGAGGCCAUGUGCCCGUACUACCUCCUCCCAUAUCACCCCUUAUGUGACUCAGUUUGAACCCAGGCGCUGUGUCUUUUCCCUCUGCUUUGUUUUUGAGUCAUAAUGAAGCCAUAGCAGUGCCACUUUUACAGGCAGAGCUUUAUAUCGUCACAGCUGGUACUUAUUGUGCAGGUUGUGUAAUGUUUGAUAUGUGGGAUGAAAUAUCAGACUUUGUUACCAAAUGUAUUUGUGAAGACUGCAAAGCAUCAGCAUUAAAGCAAAGAAGAGACAUGAGCAUUGUACUAUAUAUUGCACUAUAUAAAGUACAAUCAAGAAAUAGUUUGUAUGUUAUAUACUUAAAGGAAUAGUUUAGCAUUUUGGGGAUUCUGCUUUGCUUUGAUUGAUACCACUCUCAUGUCUGUAUGGUAAAUAUGAAGCUAAAGCUAGCACCUAUUUAGUUUAGUUUGAAACAGCUAGCCUAGUUCCGUCUGACGCUGACAAAAUCCACUCUCCAGCAACUCUAAAGCUCACUAGUUAACAUGCUAUCUCUUUUGGUUAACAUGUACAAAAAUCAAGUGGUAAAAACAACAAUUUAUGGUUUUAGAGGUUAUGUGCCAGACUGUUUUUUGGCUCUGAGCAGUUGCCAGAAAAACCAGCAGAGACAUCAGAAAGUUACUGGGCCUGGCAAAGAAAUAGCACAUAAUCCCCGUAAACCAGUGAAUUGUUGUUUUUAUGCUUUUUGUUUUUGUCAGAGAUAUAACCUUUAAAGACAAUCUUUAGCAGUGAUAGCCAUGAUAGGUGGAUAUUUUACCUUUGAACAAAGCCAGGCUAGCUGUUUCCCGUUUCCAGUCUUUAUGCUACGCUAAGCUAACCAGCUGCUGGUUCCAUCUUUAAAAUUACUGUACAGACAUAAGAGAGGAAUCGAUCUUCUCAUCUAACCCUUUGGCAAGAAAGCAAAUAACUGUAUUUUCGAAAAUGUUGAGCUAUUCCUCUAAUAUUGUAUAUUAUACAACACAAACGUUCU